GAAAAGACCGACAUCAAAAACAUCACCAUGGAGGGCGGCAUCUUGCGCAUCGAGGGCAAGCCGGAGAACGUCGCGCAGGCCAAGACGGCCGUUGAGGACCGAGUUGCUUGCCAGGGGAUUCACUUCCUUGUCGUAUGAGAACUUCAAGAGCGACGCCGUCAAGGUGCCCACCAACGCACUGCCCGACCUCAUCGGCAAGGAGGGCUGCAUCAUUCGGGCAAUCAAGGACAAUCUCAAGGUCGAGAUCACGAUGCCCAAAAGCUCUGGGCCGCCUGGGUCUGGCCCGAAGAGAACAAUGGUGACGAUAGCCGGCAAGGGCGAAAACGUCGAGAAAGCCAAGGAGGUAGUCAACGAUAUCGUGAUGUAUUAUCACCACGAGAUCACCCAUCCCGGCGAUGUGCACGAGGAGCUGGAAAUCGAGGAGUGGAACUACAGGUUUAUCAUCGGCAAGGCGGGCUCCGAGCUGAGACACACCGAGAAAAACUACAAGGUGCGCGUCAGGAUUCCUCGCGACGAGACCCCCAACAGGAACGUCGUCGUUGUUGGCGAGAAGCGCAACGUCGAGCGCGCCGUGGCCUACAUACACAACGUGAUCGCCAAAGGGGCUCCGGGGAAGGGCGGCGUAGAUCCGCCAUGAGCGCCCGACAGCCCCCCCAGAGUUGCGGCAAAGUCGGCGAGGCUUGUGGAGUCUCAAGGAACUUCAGGGUAUCAGAGGUCGUACAGUGGAUGUGAGUUGCGGAGUUUCGGUGCGGGCUCCGCCGCGGCAGGCGUCCUCGAUGCUUGAACCGCGAAGCUCGAUCCUCGGACCUCGUUCUUGACAUUUCUCCCUCCUUCCUCCUUCCUCCCUUUCGUAGCCUUUUUGACUCAAGGUUUUGCUGGUGGCAGCGCCAGAAGUGGAUGCCGCUAGUCUGCGCUCAGAGAACUACAAUCCGUCUGUUCGCCCAGGCUGGAACUGUGCACCAGUGUGCGCGGUCGUUUUUAUGAGCUUUUGCUGGUGCAACGACAGUGUCAGCGACGACGGCGACAUGCCGAAGUAUCAGCAGUACACGGCCUGCACCCGCUGCGGAGGUUUGGUCUUCAACUGGAAGCUCAAGGUCCUCGGCGGCGGGUGCAACACUUGCAACGACUACAUCGUUGGUUGGUGCGAAGAGAGCGGGACAAACAGAAGCGGAAGCGGUUGCCAGCGUGGCGUUGGCGUGGGGAAUGACUCGAGGAUGUUUGCCUUGGAACCGCACUUCUAGGAGACCUUCGAGGAGCAGCACAUGCUUGGGUCGCAGGACGCGGACGUAAAGCCCUUCUACAUCACCGAGGAGAUGUGGACUGAUGUGCUCGCGCUCCCGCGAGAGCCAGCCUCGCUCUCGGCAUCAUUCCAAUCCUGGAGCGAUCACCCCAUCUUCCUGGACGGAAGGCAAGCUGCAGCAGAUCAGGCGGCGACUAUGAGAUAGGCGGAAUGGGUAUCGUGAUUGGAGGAUUCGGUAUUCAUCAUUGACAGCAUCCCAGAGCACGACGAUGGGCCGCGAGUGGGUCGCGGGUGGGUUGGGUGGGUCGCGCCGCGGGUGAAUCGGGGGCACCUGGUUUCUGAUCCCUCCUAGAGAAUUUGGUCAGACCAGCCGCGGUGGACCGCGCUCCCUCGGAUCUCGCGAUGGCGGUGGCAUAAAAGGCACAAAUUUUAGCUUGUUGCACACGUUAUAUUUGAUCGAUCGAAGAGGCUUGUACUGUUGAGUGCCAUGGCUUCUCAACCACAAUUGUUGACGCAGCGAACUUGGAUGCCAGACCUGCACGCGUGUAUCAAACUGGUGGCUUGUUACGCGCAUAACGCGCUUUGUUGGCAAGCUUGCAUUGUUCAGAGCACAAGGUUGCAGGAUCUGGUGCGCUGUGCGUAUCUUUGCGCUGCCACGGCCGUGGUGGAUUUGUGUUUUGUGCCUUGCGAAUGAUGCCGGGGGGCGGCUUCUCUUUUGCGGGCCCUUGCCGGUGAAUUCUGUAGCCCGCGGAGUUCCACAUUCUUUUCUUUCAAUGUUUGACGCGGCUUUCAAAGUCCUGACGCUUCGCGUAUUCUCACCAGUCCAUCUAGCAACAGAUCGCCAGGUGAGUUGCCUCUCAGCGUGUACAGCGGGUUCCCGAUUUUACAGCAAAGUCCCGCCAACCUUUCCCCUCGCGAGCACUCCAACCAACUGUGUUGUCAAGGUCAACAUGCCGACGGAUAUGUUGCCAGUGUUCGCUUGAGUUUUCCAGAGUAACAUUGGAGCUGUUUUGAUCGCCAGGUGGAUCUAUGAAGGACGCGUUAGUUUUCGCAGUGUGCCGGCUGAUUAGUUACACCACAUGCACGUCUUGUCUUGGCUCCAGAGGCAAACCAUGACGUUCAGUGCCGUUCGACCGUCAUUUUUAGGUUUCGCGGUUUCGGGCUGAUCCGACGAUCCCAUGCCAGACUUCAGACAUAUUUGUCUCCCCCAUACCCGAAGUGUUGUUUUCUUGUUUUUGUUGUGACACCUCAGCCGCCCUUUCCUCGCCUCCCCCGCCCUUUCCUUCCCGCCCCUUUC